UAUCAUCUUUUGUCAGAUGGCCAAAGGGAGGCAUGGCAAACCACAACCAAAGAAAGGAGGCUUUGGUGCUGCUCCCACUAAAACAAAAAUAGUCUCGGAAGAAGCAAUAUUCAAACGUGCCCCACAUACAUCCAAUCAAGGUAGCAGUGCCGAUUCUCCCUUAUUGCUCACUUUGCUAUUUCGUGAUAAAGCCUCACAACAUUCCGCUUUGGCAAGAAUAGAAUCAUUCUACGAAUCAAGCGCAGUAGAAGGACAAUCAAAUGAUGCGAAUCGAUUCUUGACCAUCGAUCAAGCUAAAUCGCAGAAAUUGUGCCCAAAUUAUGAAGCAUUCAAUUGUCCUAUUUCUGCGGUCAAUCAAUGGUUAGGUCAAAUGUUCAAAUGUCCAGACUUGGUCAUUGCUACUCCACAGAAAGAGGAAGAGAGCAGUAUUGAUGAUUCAACAGAUCAGCCAAAGCACACUGAAAAGUGGUGGCAGACACACUGCAAUGAAGAGGAGGUGGAGCUUUUGAGCUUUUUGGACUUUUUAGGUUGUUUGGAAGAUCCAGCAAAUCCCAUCGACAAAACAACGAAUGGGCCACAAUACCUGAUCACCUCUUUAGCAUCUCAAGCUGCUUCUUCAUUACCUCAUGAACGACUACAUUUCCUCUACUUUGCCUCAAAAGAAUAUCGAGAAUACGUUGAAAGCUUGUACGGAUCCCUUUCCAACAAAACACGAAAAAUCAUUGAAACUGAUUUGGGAAUGCGAGGUUAUGCAAAGCAUGUUUGGCAGGAUGAAUUCCAAGCGUAUGUUUCGCUUAAUGCUGCUGAAUUUGGAAAUCCAACCAAACAGGAAUGUACACCAAUCAAAGAAGAAUUACAGCAAAAGCAAAAGCAAUUACUCAUCUGGAAACAUAUUAAUACGACAUCCGUGUAGCCUAAUGUUUCAUCUUGUAAUAUAGUGUAUCAAUAUAAUUAGAACACAUACAGUCAUUGAUUCAUGAUAA